CAUACAGACGUUUAUUUGGAUGCUUGCCGUUGCCGAGGCAGGAGGCGUUGUUCGAGACCAGAGUGAGUUUUGUGAAGCGUUCGGGCAGCGUUUUGAAGCUUCUCUCGUUGGGGCGAUUGAUUGUCGCAAUCUGUGCGGCGGCGGCUUAAUGGUGUAGUGCAUCGAAAUCCCCAGUCCUGCAUUUUUGGUGUAUGAAAGUGUGCCGAGGAAUUAAACAGUGAAAUUCAUUGUGUGACAUUGGAUGUGACGGUCUCGGUGUGGAGCUAACGCAGGCCUGUGCCAGUUCUGAUAACGAAGUUCUAGUUUAACAUAAAUCAGGAUACUUGCAACGAAAACAAGAUCACGCUGCCACCGGAAAUGUAUCCGAAUUCAGGCAUCAACGCGGCAGCGGUUGCGGCCCGUCACCCGGGCCCACCGCAAUCCGCACAGCCAUUCAAAUUCACCAUAACGGAAAACUGUGAUAGGAUAAAGGAAGAGUUCAAUUUUCUUCAAGCACAGUAUCAUAAUCUCAAAAUGGAGUGUGAGAAACUGGCUCAGGAUAAAACGGAAAUGCAGCGACAUUAUGUGAUGUACUACGAAAUGUCAUAUGGUCUCAAUGUGGAAAUGCACAAACAGACAGAAAUAUCGAAAAGACUAAACGCAAUAAUCACCCAGAUCGUGCCGUUUCUGUCCCAGGAGCACCAGCAGCAAGUAUUAACAGCUGUUGAACGAGCGAAGCAAAUCACAAUGUCGGAACUGAAUAGCGUAAUUGGGCAACAACAACGACCCGAUUUGCCCCGGUUACUACAACAGAUGCAUGCUCAACAAAUUCCGGGUGCUCACGGUGCUCCACCGAUACCGGUCGGUAUGCCGCAUCCUAGUCUUGGUCCGGGUGCACUAGGAGGACCGUUAGCUCUCGGCAGCACACCUCCCCAACAUCCGCUAGCGAUCCUUAACAAACAGGAACUGCACCGACCGGAAGAAUCGAAAAGUAGCAACAGUAACAUAAUGCCAUUGGAUGACAGACACCGAAGCUCAAUUUCUCCAUCGGACCGUGAUAAGUAUCGUCCAAGGACGCCAGAAUCAACACAUGAACUGAAGAAGGUCAAGAAGGAAGAGAAAGACAUGGGACAUUCGGAUGGUGAAAAGUCGGAUCAGGAUUUGGUGGUGGAUGACGCAUCGGAGAUUAAUCCAAUGAGCCCAAUGCCUAAUCAACAUCACAAUGGCACAGCGUCCCCUCGUGAGAAUGGUAUGAUGCAAAAGAAACUAGAUGUGCAGGAUCGAGAUCGCAUUGGCACACAUUCACCUCGAUCAGGUACUUCAUCCAACGCAUCGACUCCUUCGAACAAGAAAAUGGACGAUAAACCUACCACGCCUAUAGCAAAACCGGCUACUCCCACCAACUCGGUUGCAAGUAACGGUGUACCGAAGGUGGUAAAUAAACCGCCCGUAUUGAAUCCCGGCUAUCCACCGUACCUUGCUGGUCCGCUAAAUGGCGCUCCACACGAUUUACAAGCAGCAGCAGCCGCUGCCGCAGCUUACGGUGGCCCCGGUGUGCACAACAAUCUGCCACAUUCGCUGAACAACUACGCCCGUGCUCCGCUGGCAUUCGAUCCCCACCCGCAGAUGCGUGCUCCCCUCGGCCCGAUUGGUAUCCCCGGUGGAAAACCAGCUUAUUCAUUUCAUGUAAAUGCUGAAGGACAAAUGCAACCAGUGCCAUUUCCCCAGGAUGCCCUAGUUGGUCCUGGUAUUCCUCGCCACGCCCGCCAAAUUAGCUCCCUGAAUCACGGCGAAGUUGUGUGUGCGGUAACGAUCUCCAACCCGACCAAGUAUGUGUACACCGGUGGCAAAGGAUGCGUGAAGGCGUGGGACAUUUCGCAGCCAGGAAAUAAAAGUCCCGUAUCGCAGCUGGAUUGUUUGCAACGAGACAACUAUAUCCGCUCGGUGAAACUCUUGCCCGAUGGACGAACGCUGAUUGUCGGUGGAGAAGCUUCUAAUCUUUCGAUCUGGGAUCUAGCCAGUCCGACGCCUAGAAUAAAGGCGGAAUUAACAUCAAAUGCGCCAGCCUGUUACGCGCUUGCCAUCUCACCUGACUCCAAAGUGUGUUUUUCGUGUUGCUCGGAUGGUAACAUUGCCGUGUGGGAUCUUCAAAAUCAGACGCUCGUACGACAAUUCCAAGGGCACACGGAUGGAGCUUCCUGCAUUGAUAUAAGUGCCGAUGGUUCGAAGCUGUGGACGGGCGGUUUGGACAACACCGUACGUUCGUGGGAUCUGCGAGAGGGACGACAGCUGCAACAACACGACUUUAGUUCGCAAAUCUUCUCUCUCGGAUACUGUCCAACGGGUGAAUGGCUCGCCGUUGGAAUGGAAAACUCGAAUGUGGAAGUGCUGCACGCUACCAAGCCCGACAAGUAUCAGCUACAUCUGCACGAAAGCUGUGUGCUGAGUUUGAAAUUUGCCGCUUGCGGCAAGUGGUUCGUUUCGACUGGUAAGGACAACUUGCUAAACGCGUGGAGAACGCCUUACGGAGCCUCAAUUUUCCAGUCGAAGGAAUCUUCCUCGGUGCUAAGCUGUGAUAUAUCCGCCGAUGACAAAUACAUAGUUACGGGCUCGGGAGACAAAAAGGCUACUGUUUACGAAGUCAUCUAUUAAAGUUGGUGGUGAGUAGUAGUGUUAAGCAGGGCAAUAGACCGGGAUACAUUAAUUGAGAAGAACAGGAACACAAUGGAAACCUUAAAAAUGAAAUAGGUAAACAAAGAAAUGAACUGUAAAACAUAGAGAGAGAAAGGGAGAGAGAGGGAGAGAUGAACAGAGGUGUGAAUGGGAUUAGGGAAAACAGGAAUUCCUCAACUGUACAUUAAUCGUUAGUUCUGUGCUGUGCGAUGCUUUCUUCUCUCAUCCCGUUUGGCAGCUUCCUGCGUGAAUGAAGUGUUGUCGAUAUGUGGCAAUUUCUUUGGUUUGCUGAUGGUCAGAGAACGCUUUCGCGACUGAAUUACUAUGAAUCUCAUGUCUCUUCCAGCAGUAGGGAUGCACAAAUUGUUGCAAUUGUGUGGUGGUUCAUACUGUUAUCAGAAAAAAAACUUACUCUUUCUUUCAACAUUGACGCCUGUAGAACGUUUACCCCAAUGUACAGACAAAAACGAAACAUACUCCGUUAGGUGUAAUUAGUUUACUUUAAUUGCAUGCAUGUUAAAACGGAACGUUCUGUGAAAAAAUAUGACCCAUUGCUAACGCUUAGCCGGAGCUGUCACAACACUUGAUCGAUCAACACAACACAAAACACGUGCGGGUUCAUUCGCUGCUGAAUACUGUGGUGAGAAGAAGAUGCAAAAGCAAAACUAGUAGAACCGAGAGGGUAUUGCUUGGCAGACUUUGUAUAAAAUUAGUACCUAAAUGUAUGCUAGACACGGUUUAAGGAGAUAAGAAUGAAGAUUCUGGCAAGGGAGGGUAAUGAAUUGCAAUGGAAAUCGGAGAGAGACAAGAGAAAGAGACGAAAGGGAAAGAUAUCAUUAAGUUAAUGAAUGCUUACGCUUGGUACGAGGAAAUGAAAUCAGUUUAAUAAUAAAAUUAUUUGUACGAGUGGUAGCCGCCGUUUGCGCUGCCUAAAGAAUGGAAA